AAGAGGGGCAGGUGCCGCGGGGACCGGCGGGAGGCUCCACUCCGCCGCUACCCUCCCCAGCUCCCUAGGGUGAGGGGGCCAUCAACGGUUUCGGGGACCCCACGGGGGGGAUUGGCUCCGGAGACCCCCCGGGGUGACCAUGGCGGUGAGAUUCCAGGAGCUGGCCAUGGAGGAGAUAACCAUCUGGGAGCAGCACACAGCCACCAUCAGCAAGGACCCCCGCCGCGGCUUUGGCAUCGCCAUCUCCGGGAGCCGGGAGCGGCAAGGUGGAGCGCUGGUCGUUUCAGAUGUGGUACCAGGAGGGCCAGCCGAGGGCCGGCUGCACUCAGGCGACCUCCUUGUCAUGGUUAACGGGGUGCCCAUGGAGAGUGCCUCCUCCUCUUUCGCCAUCCAGACCCUCAGGACCUGCGGCAAGCAGGCCAACAUUACAGUCAAGCGACCCCGGAGGGUUCAGUUGCCGGCCGCUCGCGCUGGGCCCCGGGACCCGGCAGACGAGGGGGACCCCGGACGCGGCUACGACGGGGACACGUCCAGUGGCUCCGGCCACUCGUGCGGCGGCCAACGGUCCCGGCGCCGGAGGAAGUGCCGUGGCCAGGACGACGCCUCCUCGCAGGUGGAUGGGCUGGCGCUUGUGUCCGGUUUCAAGCGGCUGCCCCGGCAGGACAUGGGCAUGCGGCCCCUGACCUCCGUGCUUGUGCGGCGGGCCGCAAGCGAGGAGUUUGGUGUCACGCUGGGCAGCCAGAUCUUCAUCAAGCAUAUCACGGACUCGGGGCUGGCCGCCAGGAACCGGGGGCUCCAGGAGGGGGACCUCAUCUUGCAGAUUAACGGGGUGCCCAGUGCCAACCUGUCCCUGGGAGACACACGGCGGCUGAUCGAGCAGUCGGAGGGGACACUUACGCUGCUGGUGCUGCGGGACGACAGCCAGUUCCUGGUCAACAUCCCCCCGGCCGUGAGUGACAGCGAUGGUGACAGCUCACUCCUGGAGGACAUCUCAGAGCUGGGGUCCGAACUGUCCCAGGCGCCCCCAUCCCAUGUCCCACCUCCGCCCCAGGACGGCCGGCAGAGCCCCGAGGACAGCAUCUGGAGCGGGUCCCCAGACACCCCCGAGGAGAGGCCCGGGCGUCAGUGGGAGAGCCCUGUGGAUUCCAGAACCGUCUCUGAGCCGGACUCACCCCUGCCACCCAGCCACAACGUCUACCAGGUGCCUGGCCGGCAGAUCCAGGAGGACCGAGGGUACAGCCCCGACUCCCGCGUCGUGCGCUUCUGCAAGGGCGCCAAUGUGGGGCUGCGGUUGGCGGGCGGCAACGACCUGGGCAUCUUCGUGUCGGGGGUGCAGCCUGGCGGCCCAGCCGAAGGCCACGGCAUCCAGGAGGGUGACCAGAUCCUGCAGGUGAAUGGGGUGUCCUUCCGGGACCUGACGCGGGAGGAGGCUGUGGGCUUCCUGCUGGACCUGCCGCCCGGGGAGGACGUGGAGCUGGUGACGCAGCGGAAGCACGGCCUCUUCCGCAAGAUGCAGGAAACACGUGUGGCUGACUCCUUCUUCGUGCGAGCCCACUUUGAGCUGGAGCCGAGCCCGCCGUCUGGCCUGGGCCUCUCUCGGGGGGAUGUGUUCCAUGUACUGGACACUCUGUUUCCCGGCCCUGGGCCCGGCGGCACCCGCGAGGGACACUGGCUGGCGGUGCGCAUGGGCCGGGACCUGCGGGAACAGGAACGGGGCAUCAUCCCCAACCAGAGCAGGGCGGAGCAGCUGGCCAGCCUGGAAGAGGCACAGCGGGCCAUCGGCGCGGCGCCGGGAUCAUCCAGCUCGAGCACCAGGGCUGAGUUCUGGCGGCUGCGGGGCCUGCGAGGGGCCACCAAGAAGACGAGCCACCACCGGAGCCGAGAGGACCUGUCAGCGCUCACCCGGCAGGGCCGCUACCCUGCCUACGAGCGUGUGGUACUUCGAGAAGCCAGCUUCAAGCGGCCCGUGGUGAUCCUGGGGCCUGUGGCGGACAUCGCCAUGCAGAGGCUGACAGCCGAGAUGCCCGAGCAGUUUGAGAUCGCAGAGACUGUUUCCAGGAUGGACAGUCCCUCCAAGAUCAUCAAGCUGGACACCGUGCGGGUGAUUGCCGAGAAGGACAAGCACGCACUCCUGGACGUGACACCGUCGGCCAUCGAGCGCCUCAAUUACGUGCAGUACUACCCCAUUGUGGUCCUCUGUGCCCCCGAGAGCCGGCCGGCACUCAAGGCCCUGCGCCAGUGGCUGGCUCCCGGGUCCCGGCGCAGCACCCGCCGUCUCUAUGCGCAGGCCCGGAAGCUACAGAAACACAGUGGCCACCUCUUCACAGCCACCAUCCCCCUGCAGGGCACGAGUGACGGCUGGUACCAGGAGCUCAAGGCCGUGAUCCGCCAGCAGCAGGGGAGGCCCAUCUGGACGGCCGAGGACCAGUUGGAGGGCGCCCCUGAGGAUGACCUGGAGCUGCCCCUGCACGGCCGGCAAGGCAGCCCCGCGGACCUGAGCUGCGACAGUCGGGGCAACAGCGACUACGACACAGAGACGGACGGCGAGGCCUUCACGGACGGGGACGAGGGGGAGGACGGGUGCCCGCCCGCCCGCACUCCCAGCCCCCAGCCCCCCGGCGUUGCCCAGGUGGAAGGCCGCCACGCCCAGGGCCAGCGGCCCCAGGACAGCAUGCGAACCUACGAGCGGGAGGCCUUGAGGAAGAAGUUCACCCGCGCCCGAGACGUGGAGUCCUCCUCGGAGGAGGGUUACGACUGGGGCCCGGCCACCGACCUGUGACCCCCCUCAUCCCAGGGCACCCCCAGGCCCUUGCCCCAAUAAACAGUGUUUUCACAGCCCGGCUUCUCACGGCUCCA